AUGAGACUUAUCUCUAUCUGCAAAUUUCCAAAAAUUUAAUCUAUUUUUCAGGUUCUUUAAUUCUUGCAUCUUUAAUCCACCAAUCAGGUUCUUCAUUUAUAAAUUUUUCAAAAUCUUAUUUAUAUUAACAUUUAUCUUAUAAUAGAACUAAAACAAACUCAUUAUUUAGUUUUUAAACGUCAAAAUAAUUAUAAAAAUCUUCUAAAUAUUUUUCAUUAACUUCUUCAUAAACUUUAGUAAUAUAUUUUUUGAAGCCUUUAAGCAGAUUUUUAGUAUAAUUACUUCUAUUUUAUGAUUCUCUGUAUUAUAUUUAUUUUUAUUUACUCCACCCUUAUUUCAUAGU